AUGUUAACAUCAAGCGGCUAUGUAGUUGACAGUGACAUUAUGCUUGUUCCACUAGCACGGCGAGUUGCUUCACUAAUUUCUUGUUGUAUUAUUCUACUUGUAAUCACUGUGAUUGGACAAUAUUUACAAACUGUCCCAAAGUGUAUUUUAUCAUCAAUUAUUUUUGUAUCACUUGAAAGUAUUUUUUUACAAAUUAUGGAUUUACGUAAAUUAUAUCAAGUGUCAAUAUAUGAUAUGCUCAUAUGGCUUGUAACAUUUUUGGCCACUGUGUUUAUUGAUGUCCCAAUUGGUUUAUUGACUGGUUUAUGUUUCUCAUUAUUCAGUAUAUUAUAUCGUACACAAUUAACUUAUUAUUAUGAACUUGGUCAAAUUCCAAACACAAAUAUUUAUGUUGAUUUAAAAAAACACGAUGAAGCAAUUAAACUACCAGGUAUUAUAAUUUUAAAAUAUGGCGGUCCACUGUACUAUGCCAAUUCGGAAUCAUUUCAAAAUUGGAUUUAUACAAUGACUAGCAUGAAUCCGCAUAAAAUUAUUAAACAACGUCAACGUUUAAAAACAAAACAGUUAAAUCGACAACAACAACAACACCAGCAACAGCAACAACCAUUGAACAAGGCAACUGAUCAGAGACAUGAUCAAUCAUGUUGUGUGAAACAUUUUGUUGAAUGUAUGAAAUUAAUUAGAAAGAAAGAUUGUGAUAAAUGUUUGAAUAAUUUGGAACUUGCAACAGAUGCAUUCGAAAAAUUGAAUUGUGUUUGCGUCACGUUAUCUGUAGUUUGUUUGUUUAUCAACUAAUUUUAUUAAAAAUAACGAUGAUAAUGAGGAUAAUACUGAUCUUACUGACCAAUUAAAAUUUAUUAUCUUAGAUAUAUCAUCAUGGAUAUAUUUAGAUGUUGUAGGUAUGCGAACUGUUACAGAUCUGAUUAAAAGUUAUGCCGAAUUAAAUAUUCACAUUCUAUUCACCAGAUGUGAUCCACAAAUAUACAAAGUAUUAAUAAGUGAACAGUUAACAGCCAAACAAAUUGAACAGAAUUCAUUUAUGAGUAUACAUGAUGCUGUAAUUUAUUGUCAAAGCAGUAUACUUUCUACAUCUUCCACAAAGACUACUGCCGCUACUAAUGCUACUAAUACUACCAUUCAUCCCGUUGCCUCAACGAUGACUACUACUUCUACUAAGACAAGAAUAAAAUGACAACAGUAUAUAAACUUCUUCUUAUAAUUCAAUUGUUGUACUGUACUGUACGAUACAGAAGAGAAAAUGAUCAUUGCUCUCAAUAUUUAUAUGAUAAAGGAAAUUUUGUAUGUUGUAGAGAAGAUGUUGUGUUAUUGAUUAUUUUUUUUAUUGCUGUCACAACCUUCAAGUCUCCCUCCCCCAGCCCCAGCCCCAUCAUCAACAUCAUUCAUAUUCAUCAUUUCACACAAAUCAA